AUGACUCUAGAAAACAACAUCAAUUCCAAGCACGAAACCAACAACAACAACAACAACAACAACAACAACAAAGAAUACAAAAUCCUCAACACCACCGAAGAUGCAUCCCACCAAGACAUCGAACACCUCUACCUCGACUUCGAAACCCCACUCCCAAACCCCAUGGGGAUCUCAUCCUCCCCGCGACCCGGCCAAUCACCACCACCCUCACCACCAAAUCUAAAGAAAUACACCUCGCCGUUCCUAUGGUCGAAGCCGCGCAAGACGAUCAUCACCAUGAUCUCGUGCUGCGUUACGGCAUUGUCUGCGUAUGCGGCUGGAGAGUAUACGCCGCCGUCGGAGGAGUUGACGGCGAAAUGGCAUGUUAGUAAGGUUGCGUAUAAUGUGGGGAUUACGUUGUUUACGCUUGGGUUUGGUAUUGCGCCGAUGGUGUUGGCGCCGUUUUCGGAGAUUAAUGGGAGAAGGCCGAUUUUUGUGGCUAGUGGGUUGGUUUUUACAGUAUGCUUGAUCGGAUGCGGUGCUACGGAUUCUUAUGCUGGGAUGCUGGUCGGGAGAUUCUUCCUGGGAAUUGGUGGAUCAACGUUCUCGACCAUGGUGGGUGGUGUCAUUAGUGAUAUCUAUCAUGCCCAGGAUCGCAAUGGCCCUAUGUCUUGCUUCUCCGGAGCCGCGCUAUUUGGAACCGGGUUGGGACCGUUGGUUUCCGGCUUCAUUGAAAUGCGCGUUUCCUGGCGAUGGAUUUUCUACUCCGAAGCCAUUGCCUCCGCCAUAUUUUUGGUUCUUCUAUUGGCCUUCCUAAAGGAAACCCGGGGUAGUGUGCUGCUGAGUGGCAAGGCCAAGGCUCUCAACAAGUAUUAUGACAAGCUUGAGGAAGCGGGUUACUAUGGUGUCGUCUUCACCGCGGAGGAUUCAGGCGAAAAGCAACGGGUGCAGCGCAUCCGGUGGAAGGUCAAGAGUGACGAGGAGCGAGAGACCUUGGUCAGAAUGGUCACCAUCUCUUGUUACCGACCAUUCCAUCUCUUGUUCACCGAACCGGUGGUGUUCUUCUUCUCCCUUUGGGUCGCAUUCAGCUGGGCCAUCCUGUACCUUAACUUCAGCUCCAUUCCUCUUGUCUUUUCGACCAACCAUGGCUUCAAUGUGGAACAGGUUGGCGCCGUAUUCUCCGCGGUGUCCAUUGGAGCUCUCCUAGCCACCAUGUUGAGUAUUUACCAGGAGAAGCUGGCCAUGCGACUGGGCAAGAUGUCCAAUACACCAGAAGGUAGACUCUACUUUACCUGUGUCGAGUCCAUUCUUAUGCCAAUCGGUCUGUUCUGGUUUGGAUGGACGUCCUACUCAUCUGUUCCAUGGAUCGUGCCCACCCUCGCCCUGGGCUGUGCCACCAUGGGUAUCUUUUCCAUCUACCUAGCCACGUUCAACUAUCUCGCCGACACAUACCAUCGAUAUGCUAGUUCCGCAAUUGCCGCGCAGUCGUUCUGUCGAAACAUCCUGGCUGGUAUCUUUCCGUUGGUUGCGAAUUUCAUGUUCACGAACCUCACGUAUCCCGGUGCUUCUAGUUUGCUGGGAGGAAUUGUAUGA